AUGGACCGGCCCCUGCAUCGUGACUCAGGCCCAGAUGGUCCGAGCAGCCGUCACAGAUCUGCAGAAGAGAGGCGCUCCAAGCUCCGCUCCUCCCGAAAGAAAGCACAUAAUCCCAAAGAAGCCACUCAGAGCCCAGAGGAGGACACUGUGGAGGAUCAUAGCUGCUUUUUGCUGAAGGUGAUACGUCCUGGUUCCUGGCACAGCUCCUCCCUGAGACAGCAGCUUCCCACACACAUGCAGACCGGUCAGCUCCAGGUCAGGCUGCACUGGGACGCUGCGGAGGUGGGGGGGGGGGGGGGGGGGGGGGAUCAGUAUGGGGCUGGGUAG